AUGUCCGACACUGGUAGUGGACACGACGGAGGCGCCCAAAAGGACUAUUCACAAAAAAUGGACGGAGGAGGAGUGCUCGGUGGAGGUGGUGGAGGCAGCGGUGGCGAUUUCGAUUCGGGCCAGCAAAGCCAGCAGACGGAGCAGGAGCUGGCGACGAAAAUGCUCCAAAUCCAGUCAAAACGCUUCUAUCUGGAUGUGAAGCAGAACCGACGUGGCCGGUUCAUCAAGGUGGCAGAGAUCGGAGCGGACGGUCGGCGCAGUCAAAUCUUCCUGGCGCUGUCGACCGCAGCCGAGUUUCGGGACCAUCUUUCGACGUUCAGCGAUUACUACGCUUCGCUCGGGCCACCAAACCCGGAUAAUGUGCCCGAAGAUGGCAAGCUGAAGUCGGAGAUGAUGAUCAAGGACAACCGGCGGUACUAUUUGGACCUGAAGGAGAACGUGCGGGGCCGGUUUCUGCGCGUCUCGCAGACGAUUACGCGCGGUGGACCGCGCUCGCAGAUCGCAAUCCCAGCUCAGGGCAUGAUUGAAUUCCGCGAUGCGCUGACCGACUUGCUCGAAGAGUUCGGCACCAACGAUGGCGGUUACAAGGGCGAAUUGCCCGAAGGGCGUCAUAUGAGGGUUGACAACAAGAACUUCUACUUCGACAUCGGCCAGAACAGUCGGGGUAUUUAUAUGCGGGUGUCGGAGGUGAAGAGCAACUUCCGCACGGCGAUCACGGUGCCGGAAAAGUGCUGGUCACGGUUCCGCGACAUCCUCACCGACUACUGUGACAAAAUGAAGAAAACGUCCGAAUCUACCACAUCUUCAAUCACUGCCGAUAAUACUUUACAGAAGCAAACAUCAAAUAAUAUGUAAAAUUUCGAGUAGAACUGCAAAAAAGAACAAGAAGCAACAGCAAGAAACAGCAAAAAACCAACAGCAACCGCAAAAAACAACAAAUCAUAGCAAAAACCACGAUUUAUUGCGAAAAUUAUUGCGAACAGGGGCGUAAUAUAAUAAUGAUAAAUAAAUAAUAAUAAUUAUAAUUAUAAUAAAGAUACAAAAUAGAGCAAACAGCGAAGGGCACACCAUUCACAGACGGGUUGCAAAUCGAUGUCAAAGCAUGCAGCUAUGCUAUGCAGAGGAAAUGCUGUGAAAAGAGGAAAGAGAAACUUAUAAAACAAAAUAAAUACCAGUUGGUUAUACAGAUAGAGAGAGAUAACGAAGAAAUGGCGUUAAAAUCUAGGAAAAACGAAUUGGUUGGUUUGUAGUUGGAAGCUAAAUGGAUCAGUGGUGAUGGCUAAUGCAAACAUGAUAAUAGCAGGACGGCAAACGGCAGCAAAAUUACUAGCAAAACUCACAUUACAAGAAAGUAAAACAGACAAACUAUAUAGUAGGAAGGCAGAUGAUGAAUGAAGUUGUAGAUGCGGCUAGGAGCAAUAGAAAUACGGUUUAGAUGAAACAACAUUUUUCAUCCUUUUCUUUCGUUUCCUUGUUCUUAGAGAUUUUAGUAAGGUUGUUUAUUUUUCCUACCUGUUACAUUGUUUAGUUUUUUAUUUCGCUUACGGCUCAUGUUAUCUACGCUGUGUAGGAAAUCUAGAAUAGGAGGGGGAUGCUAGCAAGCUACUCUCCGGCGUGAAAGCAUGCAGGAGAAAGGCGGAUGGUGGAUUGGCUUCACUUCACUGUGCCUCAUCGCCUUUGAAAUCUUUUAUCGGUUCCCUAUUCCGUUCUCGUGGUUUAGGUAAGACUCCUCUCUCAUUUCUGGUUAUAUUAUUAAACAAAUCUCGGUAAUGAAUGGCAACAGUGGUUGAAGAGGAUUUUUCUGUAAAAAAAAACAAAAACAAAAUCGUUCAAUCAAAUAAAUAAGUAAUCAGUUUUAAAACAGCCCCAGCCAGAAAUGAAAAAGAAAGAUACAAAGCGUAUGUCCGUGAAAAAUCCUUGAAAAGUUAGCAUCAGUUCGAAUGAUACGCGCCACAGAAUGAAAAAAAAUGAGUAACUUAAGGAAGUCGCUCGGCAAAAUAAAAGCCCACUAACUAAUAAGAAACUAAUUGAAAGCUCAGAUCAAAUCUGAAUAUAUGGAUACGUUGACAGCAAGUGAAAACAGAACUGUUCAGAAAGUUAAAAUAAAAUGUUGUGUACUGCUAGUUUCAUUUUUGUAUUUGUUUCUGUUGUUACAGCAAAUGAAGGGUACUUGGUUUGGAAGAGGAAUGAAUUAUUCAAAGCAGAUACAGAAAAGAAAAGGUAAAUCUUGAAACAGUUAACGCACACCCAUGGAAAAAAGGUAUAGGUUUUUUUUUGUUUUAACAAUACAAAGCAAAUGAUUGGAGUUGAUACCGUUAAUUUAUCAAAAGCAUUUGACAGAAUCGAGCAGGAAGGGAUUAUUGCGAUUCUUGCAUGCGGUGAAGCUGUAGUGAAGCCUAAAAGAAAACGAACUGUGUUUUGUUGUGGAGCAGGAAUGCAUUCUGUGUUGUGUUGAAAGAGAGUCUCGACGUAAAGCAUAAACACAGCAAAAUGUCCUGCAACCCUAAAGCACCACUGUACUUAGGUGUCGGUGUUGCACUUUACGUGAUGGUUAAUGGUAUGGGAUAUAAAUUUAUCGAUUGAUUUUACUGAUGAUUGGACUAAAAACAUCCUACACUUUAAAAAGUAUACCAACUCGAUGGCAGCGGGCUAAACGCAACCUAUUUCUGAGUUCAACCAUCAGGUACAAAGAGAAAUUAUUACUGGUGUGGUUCUACAAGCAAACCUUAUGGAAAAUGCAAAUUAUAACGAAGUCAAUAUAUAUUACUGUUAAAUGUUACAUGAAGAGGAAAAGAAACAACAUUAUAUUUGAAACACGUCUUUGGAAGAUACAGAAGAGGGUUGGUACGAUGCUGUACGAUUGGGACAAAGAACAACAAAACAGUUUAGUUCGAACGUAUUUCAGCAGAAAGGAAUGAAUAUUCCAAAUCACAUUUCAUUUUCAACUAUUGGAGAAGCACGUGCUUGUUGUACUCGUGCGAAGGAAAUAGGAGAAAACAUGCAUAAAAGUAUCUAUCAUCGAUGCUGUCGAAAUGGUAGUAGUGUAGAAACAAUCCUUGUGUUACGUGGGAGCAGUACGUUUUAAAUAUGUUGCUAUUAGUUUCCAAAUGAUAAAAUUAUAACAUUGUUGGGAAAACUGCAUUGCUUUGGACAUAUGCCAAUGGACAUACUUACGGCGCAUGGGUUACAAUUUAAUUGCAGUAAAACCAGAACUUAAGGCUAUGUUAAGGAAAAGCAUACAUCGGCUUUCUCAGUAGUGUUAGAAGCGGUAUUUAAGCAAAAUUACGACACUUUCUAAGAGUAAACACAAAGCUGUGGUGGAGCGAAAUGUUAGCAAGCUUUUAAAAAUAUUUACUUGCGCGGAUGAACAGUUAAAUAAGUACAAAUUUUUGUUAUUGUAGGUACAAUUGUGUAAUUAUCCUGUCUCGUUGAUCUUCUAAUUUUUCGGACGGUACACACCCGACACAACCAAACUCGAUUCGUUUUGUUUUGCUCUAUCAGUAUCUAAUCAAAUAAUUUUUGGUCCCUAACGUGUGUGGGUGUGUGUGUGUGUGUCUGUGGUAAGUGAAUUCUAUUUUUACGAAAGGGAGAACCAAAUGACAAAAAAAAACAGUUCACGAUAAAAUGCAGAAAGUGAUAGAAAACGAUCUAUUUCGAAACAAAUAAUGGAAUAUUGACAAAAAAUGCAAUAACAAAUAAAUCAGCAUGAAUAAAGUGGAAAGUAAUGCAAAAAUGCAGAUCUAAAUGAAGUAACAAAUAAGAAAACUGACUACUACCAACUAUCUAUUAUGAAAUAUUGUCAAAUUUUAAAUUCUGUUGUUUCUUUUCAAGUCUAUUUUAGCGAAUAAAGAGAAAAAGAAUAACUAAAAGUAAAAUUACGAUAUAAAACCCGUGGGUUGAAAAACAGGUGGCGUGGAAGUGUAUUUAGAUCGAACGAUUUUUUUUCAAUGAUUCGAGCAGUGUGCAGCGAAAGGGUUAUGCAAACGUGCAGAUCGGUACCGAAAACCAAUGAACAGCAUAACAGAAGGUCAAUCGAAACGAGAUGGUAUGCCGUAAAAAAACGUAUUGUGAGACGAGUAGAAAAAAACACAAAAGAACACAAAAAAAGAAGUAAUGAAAAUAAUAUUAAGAGAUACUACCAUAGGUUAUAGAGUAAGGCAUUUAAUAAGAACAAAAAGAACCCGCAACGUUGAUGAAAUGCGAUCGAAUUGAGCGCGUUUGAAGUAAAACACAGAACGAAUAAAUCGCAAAAUAUGCUUUCAGUUUCAACACUUUUGCGCGAACCUGUAAGCAUACAUAGACACACACACACAUACAGAUACACACCGAAUACAUUCUCAGUCACACACACACAUACAUACACGGACACACGUAUAAAAGGUUUACAAUAAUGGUUCGUUUUCCGGCCGAUUGCUCCCGCGGAAAAUGGGUAAGCAGUAAUACUAAUGCCUCCAUGACUAAAUAGUACGGUUUUUUCGAAUUUAUACGACACUACCUUAUCGCAUAGUGCGAUUUUUAAGCGAUCACAAAGAAUUAUGCACUCGAACAGCGGAAAAAAAACAACAGUACGGGAAAUAGUUCGUUCGGAUCGAUACACGCUGGAUUCGCGCGAGCAGUUGUAAAUUACAAAAAGAAAAACAUAUAUAAAGGAAACCGCGAGAAACUGACUUGAAAAGAUUCACGUGCAAGUUUUCGAUUGAGAUAAAUGUGUUCAAUUCAGUUAGAUGAAUCCGGUGUCAUGAUUCCAACAUAAUAGGGAUCUUCUUUCGAGUGUGAUUUUUUUCGUUAGCCUUCCUGCGUGCUGAAUAUGUUUGGCAAUGGCUCGAACGGUUGGAGCGAUGGGGCUCGUAGAAUACGACACACUGCUACUUUACAUUACCACUCCAUCCCCAAUAGGAGUGCGGUAUUCAGCUAAUAGCGCAAUGCCCGAACCUCCAAAGAAAUUCCUUUUUAACCGUGGAACGGCACCUGGUUCCUGACGAAUUCAAAAUGUGAUCAAAUGGUAUGAAAGGAGGCAUCCUGAUUGAUAAGCGUAUGAUACAAAAAGAAAACCACAGGCAUAGUAGAGGCUACCUUUUCGACUGUAGGAAUUAGGAGUGAAUAAUCGACUUCCUUUCUGUCUGGGCUCCGAACGUGAUAGCAUGCACUAGCUUCUAUUCAAUCCCCGGUGUGCGAUUUAUCGGUGAAGAAAAAAGAGGGUAGCGUUACCAAAAACAAUCCGAUGAUAAAUAUUUUCCGUUCUUCUAUCGUCCCGUUGUUUAACAGCGAGUGAGAGUUUCCUAGAAACUCCGCAUCCUACAUAGUAGCUUUAAUUAACGAGAAAAGGGUAUAUUGUAGCGAAAAUGGUCAUAGACACAGUGAGAACAAUGAAACAGCGAAACACAAACGUGAUCAAUCCUGGUGCACAUGGCACAAUCUCUAGACCAUACAAAAUCAGAGACGGAUAUAAAUAGGGAAAAGGCUAAACCGACGACAACCGGAGAUCAAAUCUCCAUCCGGGAAAGACAGCAAAUGGCUUAUGGGGGUGGUGUGAUAGUCGAUACAACCGUGACUUACACCUAAACCAGCACCCCCGGGUUUGGUUUGCUGCAUAUCUAUGAAACAUAAAGGCGUGAGCGCAGCAAGCAAAGAAAGGACUCCUAUCGUGUAGAUGAUAUGAUACGUAAAACUAAGAACGACCAACAUGAGCAAAAAUCAUCAUGGAACACACAUGCACGCAAGAAACAAAUUCGGCCCAAAUAUGGCGCAGACCGAGGGAAGAAGAUUUAAAAGUAGUAGAAAGCAAAUAAAAAGAACCGUAUGUAAGGUAAUAUAAGAAAUAAUGAUCAUGUUAAGCUAGGAGCUGAAAGAAAUAGAUGAAAAAGUAUAAUCAUACGAAGGAGACAAGUAAGCAGGAAACAAAAUACAGUAGAACGAUUUUGCCCAGCAGUAGUAGCAGUGAACAUGUACGAACAAUAUAAAUGGUUUGGCACCCGUUUACGGCGCAUCGGAAGGAUGUGCAAGUUUAGAAAAUGCAGAAACUAAACAAACAAAAAACCACACAUGCACGCACUGUUCAGAGCAUGCAUGCACAGCCGGCCAUGCGAAGGAAGAAGGAAGAGUGGAGGCCGAUAUUUCAAUGUUAACUUUUCAUGUGCGUCUUAUUUCGACAUACGGUUCUAUUGAUUUUGUUCAUACGUUUUCAUUUGCAUCUGUUGCAACUUACAGAACAUUGCAACUCACCGCAGUUGAAUUACUUUUACUUCGCAUUUACCAUUUGAACGACAAACAAAUUAAGUAACGCAGCUAAACAAACUAAAUGCGAAGAGAAAGUGAAGAAAGGAUAAGGCAAUAGAACUUCAUCGUACGCAAGUUAAUACACAUGAGCAAGAGAAGGGGAAUAGAACAAUAUGAUUAAAGCAAGAAAUAGUGCUACGAAACGACACAUCAAGGCAGAGGCAAGCAACAUAACCAAGCAACAUAGUAAUAAAACCAUUGCAAGGCAAAGGCAAAUGAAACAAACAAGUAAUAUAGCAAAAUAUAAAGAGAUAGAAGCAGUGCAGAGAAAAGAAGCGUCGUGCUAGGGAGGUGACUAAAGUUACAAAGAAACAAUUAAGGAUGCAAGCAACAAAACCAACAAACAAGCAAACAAAGAACAAAAGUAAUACUUACAUACAAAUAAACAAACACAAAAUGAAAGAAAGUAUAUUUUUAGAUGACGAAGAAAUAACGGGUUAACCUUCAUUUUCGUAUUUUGCUGAAAUACCAUUCAUUAUUCAAAGCCACUCGUUGAUGGACUAACGAAAAAAUAAUACAAUGUGCAAAUAGCUCGAAAUGUAUAAGAACCGUAAGUAACGUGCAGCUACGGUAUGCAUCACGAUUAGUUAUCAAAAAAAAAAUAGUACUAAACUUAGCCAAGCAUUCUUGAAUGCGAUAUAUUCUCGAAGCGAUGAAAAGGAUAACUUGAACGUUAGUAACAUAUUCAUACAGAGCAUGAAACCCCGGUAAAGCUGUUAAUUUGAAAAGAAAAUGAAUCAAAUACGAAGUAUUGCAACUUUGAAAUGUGACAAAAAUUAUGGUUCGAUAGUGUUAUAUGCAUACUAACUUUUCCUCCCACAUAAUGGACAUCUGUUUAACGCUGCUAGGUUUCUAUUUUUUCACAGAAUACAAAUCGUUCGGGGGAAGAAAAAGGAAGAAUGAUGCAAACCCUAAUUCAGAUUUCGCUUUCGUUUCAGAGUUGUAAGAAUAGGUUUUAAAAUUUUCCGCGUCAAUUGCUUAGUCUUCAUUUCCGUCAAAGCAAACCCAACCAAGCAUGAACUAAAUGUUGUGUAUGUGUGCAUGUUUGAUAAGCGAUCACAAGGGAUGUCUGGAAGAAUACACACUGACGAAGAGAUUUUUUAUAGCACCGCCCAACUAAAAUGCAAAUGAACCACCAGAACAAUCGCGAUCAGAGCCACAGAGGUGCAAAUUUCAAACUGAUGGGUCGCUAAGCGAACGAGAAUGAUGUAGCAAACUAUGCAUGAAAGUAAAAUCUUAGAAAAUUGUCAAACAUCUUUGAAAAGCCGAAGUGAACAUGGAAAAAUAAGAGAAAACGAAAAAUUAAAGCAAAUCAAACACACACGCAUUGGCAAAUUGUUUAGGAAAGAUAAGAGAGAUUAGCGAUGCAUCUGCAGAAGAGCAACCAAUAAAGAAGAGAAAAACAUAUGAGGAUACAAGAAACACUCAAGCAAGAGAAUACCAGCCACACCAACCAACAAGCGGGAGAAAACGUGAAAAUAAGAUGCGCGUAAAAAAUAGCGACAGGAAAAAAAAGUGAUUGGGAAAUGAAAAAAAAUUAUAAGAACAAAACUGCACUAGUGUUGUAAUGGAUUAAGGAAUAAAAAAGUCGACAGCUUAAAGGUGUUUUGAUUAUUUGAUUCAGGUGUUACAAUGUUAGUAGGAAAUAUACUAAUAAAUGUGAUUACAAACCAAUAAAAAGGAACAAAAAAAUAAAGACAAACAAACGAAAACCAA